AUUGCAAUUAGCUACAGUAUAUGGCUGUACUUCUGAUUCUAAAGAGAAAAGUUACAACCUUUAACCAUGAGGUCACUGAGAAGGACCAACAGCAAUAGGGGAUCCUCUGAAAAAGCCUGAGAUGUACUGGCCAGCAGACUACGAUUUCCUCCAGCCCCGUGUGUCCAGAGUAAACGGGGCCCAGCAGAGUGAUGUCAUCUCCAGGAAUGGGCACCCCCAGUGACCCCCUGUUGGCCAGCCCAGGAGGGAGGUCAUCAGAGAGGUCAUUGGGUGCCACAAAUGAUGGCCUCUGGAGGAGCUCCAUGCCCAAGACUGUCAGCUUCCCAUCGUCUACCACACGCCUCCUGAGUCACCGUGCCAACAACUUCCAGAGACACCCGAAGCGGCGGAAGCUUAUCAGACCGUCCCCGCCCCCCCCGCCCAACACCCCCUGCCCCCUAGAUCAGCUGGACCUCAGUGAGAUGCCCCCUCGCCGCACCUUCCCUGAGCUGCUCUUCAACGGCUGUGUCCUGUUUGGCAUUGAGUUCAGCUACGCCAUGGAGACGGCCUAUGUCACCCCUGUCCUGCUACAGAUGGGUCUGCCCGAAGAGUUCUACAGCCUGGUGUGGUUCAUCAGUCCUAUAUUGGGAUUCCUGGUCCAGCCUCUCCUAGGAGCUUGGAGUGAUCGUUGUACAUCCCGCUUUGGCCGUCGGAGACCGUUUAUUUUAGCCUUGGCUAUUGGAGCUCUGCUUGGUUUGACAAUGGUGCUGAAUGGGCGAGACAUUGGAGCUGCGGUGGCAGACACCGCAACCAAUCACAAGUGGGGCAUCAUACUAACUAUUUGUGGAGUGGUUCUGAUGGACUUCUGUGCGGACUCGGCAGAUAAUCCCAGCCACGCCUACAUGAUGGACGUGUGCCUGCCAGAGGACCAGGACCGUGGCCUCAAUAUUCACGCACUGCUGGCAGGCCUGGGUGGUGGAUUCGGGUACAUCGUGGGUGGAAUUAACUGGGACCACACUGAGUUUGGGAGGUCAAUGGGAGGUCAACUUCGAGUCAUCUACAUGUUCACCAGUGUCACAUUAGUCAUUGCCACGUGCAUGACCCUCAACAGCAUCCCUGAGCGGCCCCUGCCAAAGACGCAGCCUCAGAAGAACUCUAAAAGCUCUCUAAAGAGCCCCAUCCUCCCUCUGCCUCCCUCUCCCCCCGUCCCUCCGGGGGCAAGCCUGGGAUUGGAGGAGGAAGAGGCAGAGGAGAGGCUUUAUAGCUACCAGUUCUCUGAACCCUGCCCCUCAAACCCUAACCCCAUGGCACACUCCUGUAGUGCCAAUGCACGCCUCUGUGCCGGCCUCACCAGCCCCAUCUCCCCCCUCAGCCCCCUUACUCCUAAAUAUGGCAGCUUUAUCAGUCGGGAUAACUCUCUCACUGGCAUCAAUGAGUUCGCCUCAUCCCUGGGAACAUCCUAUAUAGACAGUGUGCUCAUCGACUGCUACACCGGACAGCCAUCUCCACAGCCCCUUGACCAGGACACUGCAGCCCGACCACUGCCUCCAGGGGACACCCCACCUCAACAGGGAUCUCAACCUGGAACUGGGUCACAGUCUGGAGUAGUAGCCCAGGCUAGAGCACUAACCGUGGCUGGGACAGCAGCCCUGGCUGGGGCAGGAUCCCAGGCCGGGGCUCAGGCCGGGGAGGCUCAGAUGGAGGCAGGGUCCCAUCGAGGUUCGUCCGCUGGUAUACUUAAGCGCCCUCAGAGCCUUGCGCUUGUGGAGGAGCCAAUGGUGAUCCAGAGUGAAGGCCUGGAAAAUGGCCGCAGAAGAACCGUGACCUUCAGUCAGCAGGUGGCAAACAUUCUGCUGAAUGGGGUGCGCUAUGAGAGUGACCUAAGUGAAAAUGUGGAGACAGCAGAUUCACAGAUGUCAAUGAGGCUACUGUGUAUCGCCAUCUACAGGAUGCCUCCGUCACUGCGCAGCCUAUGCACUAACCAUUUCUUGGGUUGGCUGUCCUUUGAGGGCAUGCUGCUGUUCUACACUGACUUCAUGGGGGAGGUAGUGUUUGAGGGAGACCCCAGAGCACCCCAUGACUCUGAGGCCUACCAACGCUACAAUGCUGGGGUCAGCAUGGGCUGCUGGGGCAUGUGCAUCUAUGCAUUCAGUGCUGCCUUUUACUCAGCCAUACUGGAGAAGCUGGAGGAGCGUUUUUCCCUCCGCUCUCUCUAUUUCUUUGCCUACCUGGCGUUUGGCCUUGGCACGGGCCUUGCUACACUCUCCACCAACCUCUAUGUGGUGCUGUCGCUCUGUGUCACCUACGGGGUGCUCUUCUCCUCUCUGUGCACACUGCCUUACUCUCUGCUGUGUGAAUACUACCAGAGCCCACAGUUCUGUGGCUCGUCAGAGGAAGGGACCAGAAGAGGGAUGGGGGUGGACAUCUCUCUGCUCAGCUGCCAGUACUUCCUAGCUCAGAUCAUAGUCUCUGUGGCGAUGGGACCUCUGACCUCGCUGGUGGGCGGGGCCCAGGGAGUGAUGUACUUUUCUAGCGCGAUGUCAUUCGUGGGCUGUCUGUACUCCUCCCUCUGCGUGGUGUACCACCUGCCCCCCCCUGAGGGUGAGCCUUCCGAAAGUGAGGCCCAGCCACUACUGGUGCACAUUUAGACCCCCCCUUGUCUCACACUGCACUACACACUAUCACACUGCAGCCUUCUGUCACAACGCACACCGCGUAUAGCCUACACACUCUGUGUCUCUCUGCAAAGCACAUACAGUACUGUACUCUCUCGCACUACUUAGCAUAGCUCCUCUUAGAGCUUAGACUGACAGAGGCCACCGUUCUGCGGUGUCAGUGUGUUAUAGUGUGUCCAUGUAUUUCUCUCCCACAAUUUCCACUAAAAAGCGGCACUUAUGUUAAUUUUGUGCGUGCCUAAAUAAUUACAGCCCUACAGCUCCUAUUCCCCAGGACAUCAGGAAAAAAUGUAAACAAUCUUUGAAGGGGUUAAUUGUUUUGGCCUCGCCUAAUAUAUGCAUGCGCUGUAGUCUCAAUGCCCUGCAUCUUCUGUUUUGGUCUGAUGUCCGAGGGAAUGUCUACCUGCCUGUUUCUCUGUCAGCACACUAUCAUCCCACUGUAGGCAGGCUUAGGGACUGUCUGAAUGUGUCACCAAUGACCUUUUGCUUGAAGCCCUGAAUUCAUGUAAGCACAGUAGCAUAUCUACAGUACAUUUACACACACAUGCAAGCCAUAGGACCACCCUCACUCAAUGUAGUUUGUACUAUGUGAACAAUAAAGAGCCAAACUGUGCCUCUGAGGUUUUACAUCUUUCACACAAGGCAUUCAGAUUAUUAUGGUCAUUAUUUAUUACCAUUUUGACUUGAAACUCACUAAUGCGUUUACAAACAUACACACAGAGAUGGACCCUUUACUAAGCCAUGGACAUCACUCUGUCCUGUCACCUUGCUCCUGGCGUGACUGUUGUAAUGACAGUGAUUCUUGUCAUUACCAGGAAGAGAAGUUGAAACUGGGGUGUGAUUCGGCAUUCCAUCGGAAACCGAACAAAAAGAAGAACAACAAAUCUGUUGUUUUGGUGGCGAGAAAGAAUUCAGGAAGAUGCAUGUGAACUAUGCUUAAGAUGGCGCUGGACAACUUUGAGAGGGAAGACUUUUGGGUUCAUAUUUGCCAACAGCAAGUGCUUAUUUUCACCGUUAAGGCGCAUGCUUUAGUUAAGGUUUAGGCUUGUUUCACCACACGACCCAAACUGGCUCACUGGUGACCCUCUCACAUUUGGGUUAGUUAUCCAGUCUCAUCACACGCUGCUGCAUUUAUUCACUCAAUUCAUUUGAUUAUAAACCGCUCAAAUAACAUUUCAUGUAAUCAUCCAAUUAUAAAACAUUGGUAAAAUCAUAAUUACUUUUCAAUUGAGAAAAUCUAUGACAGGCUAAAAAAACUUGCUCGGCAUUGCUUACCUUGAACAUCACUUAGUUGACACAGAGACUGUUUCCGGGCAUUUUUUUAAAAUGAAUUGUUAUCAAUAACUCAUGCCUGCGUUCAGCUUCAUUUGUAAGUUUCACUAAAAUGCCCACCACCGUGAAACACCCCACUGUCAUGAGUCAUCUAGAGCUGAUGCCUCAGCGGAAUGUUGAUCAGGGUCUACCACUAAAGCCUCCAUAACAGACUGGACACGUGCCAUGAUGAUGUCAUGUUUCUGACUGGUUUCUUUUGAGAAAACAGCAACUGUAUGGAUCAUCAUGCUGUUGCAACUUGCUUCAAUUCAACACAACAUUUCUAGUAUUUUACAAUAAAGUGUUUUCUGAUGUUCUUCAUCCUUAAUUCCAAUAUUAACUGUAUUACUGUAACAGCUACUUUAGGGUUGAGUUCAAUUAAAAUGAUAAUUUUUACUUUUUGGGCUAUUGUACUUUUUUAUUAAGCUCACUAUCAUAGAACUUCACACAUCUUAGGUCUCCUCUAUGCAGAUAAUUAUGCAUAUGUGUACUUUAGGCUUAAUUUCCUUUUGUAAAAUAUUGGUAUUAGAUUUACAGCUAUGUAAUCUUCAUAACCGGUCAUUAUCAGAAAACCUCUAUCCACAUGGGGGUUCUAUCAAAUAAAAACGAUUCUCAAAAAUAAAUUCUACCCUGAAUUGACCUACAGUACCAGUUUACACCACUAGAUGGGUCUAAACCGCAACACGUCAGGACUUCAAUUGAUUGACGUGUAGUUCUAUGGAGAAAAAAAAGAAGCCAAAAUCCAGAUGACAAGAAUCACCCCUUUCCCAGUUACAAAAUCAUCUUGGGAAUUACUCCCAUCCAUAUUCAGUCUUAUGCCUUAAGUCAACUGACAUCAGAUACUUUACAUGGCUAGAACUGUUUUAACUGAAAGCAUCCCUUAUUUCAUUGUUAGGCACAAUUGUAAUUUGGUGUUAACAGUGUAAAGCAUCUUACAUGGCAAUUCCACCACUAACCUCAUUUUCAUUAUCUCCAGCACAAUACCAGUGUCUACAAGUGUUUAACAGCGCAUUUCUGUUUUGUAGAAAAAAAGUUGCAAAAUUCGACCCGAUGAUAUCAAGUUAAAGCAAUGAUUUUUAAAACCAUGAGAUUCGUAGUGACGUGGGGAGCAAGAAAAUAUCCUCUCUAUGGCUAGAAACUCGUGGCAGGGUUUGACAUUUACAUUUUUUACUUUGAAAUCUACCCUGUGAUGUCACAGAGAAGCGCUUUUUAGGAUCUUAACCGCAGACCAUGGAAAAGUACCGUUUACAGAUAUGUAGACACUAGUAUGGCACUGGAGAUCAAGAAUAAGAGGUUGAAAAGUGGCAGAAUUGCCCUUUAAACAGGUGAAAUAUCCAGCACAUUUAACUACAGCGUAUGCAAAAACAAAACACCAUGGUUAAAAAGACAAGACUGACUUAUUUAAUCAUCAACAACCAGAAUAUACAAAGCAGUGGCCGAAGCAACCAAAUAGCAAUCAUGAAAUAUAACUGCACUAGAAGAGAAAGAACACUAGGUUGGGAAUGUUGUUCUGAUAAAGACCAUUAUAGACAAUUUGAGUCAACCAGACAAAAAAAUAACUGAAAAUAAAACAGAAAAACAGUAUCUUGGGUACAAACUUGUUUUAAAAUGCAUACAAAACAUAUGACCAACGCCUUAAGAAUUAACAGGGGGUAAUUAACAUUGCAGAAGCCAGACCCCUAAACAGGAUCAAGCCAUCUUUGAUUACGGAGGUGUUCUUUUAUUUGUGCCAUUGUUGCGUUAACAGAUCAGUCAGACAAAGGAUUAACUACUAGCAGCAGCACUAAACAAAAGGUAUUAAAAAAGCCUGAACUAAUAAUGCUAACAAUAGUCCAUUAGCCCCUGCUUAAAACUUAUCUUUGGUCUUUAGUGAGUCUGAGGUCACCUUGAAAAUGUGGAGAAGGGUGCAGCUGCCUGCCUGAAUCAACUG